ACAGCUGGGAGGAGAGGCCUUGGUCACAUUCAAGGACACCCCCUCCCCUCCUGCCCAACUGCGGUCCUUGACUCGGGCUGCGAAUGGGGGAUGGUCUCAGGCAGGGGCAGUCAGAGGCCAAGGUCUGAGCUGGGCGGGGCCAGGACUAUGCACCCCAGCACAGUGCCCGCAGUACCCCACAAGAGCCCCAAAGGUAGGGAAGCAGGGGACAGGGUCUCUCAGGUUCUGUCCUCCCCUCUCCCAGCCUCAGUUUCCCUCUUGGACAAAACCAAGUCAUAAAUGGCCCCUCCGGUCUCCUUCACAGCCCAAACUGCUUUCGACUCACAGCAAUCCUCCUGCCUCAGCUUUCUCAGUGCUAGAAAGACAUGUGGGAACCACCAUUACAACAGGAGGGGAACUUGGUUUUCUUUAAAAUGUUGGGAGGUCCUGGCACCUGGGAGAGAGACUUCAGGGUCCCUGGCUGGACACACAGCCCCUGGCCGUGACCCCAAGCAUCGACCUUCUCGGUGCUGCACUCGGUGUUCCCGCCAAGGCCCGUGGGCGGUGCGAGGCAACUAUAAGGGGCAUCCUCGCCAGCUGCCUCUGGCCACCAUGCGCGCGCUGCUGCUGCUGCUGCUGCUGCUGCUGCUCCCGACUCUGGAGCUCGCACUGAGAUCCCGGCAGUCCCCUGAGGCACGGGACAAGCUCUGUGGACACCACCUGGUGCGCGCGCUUGUGAGGGUGUGCGGGGGCCCACGCUGGUCCUCCGAGGCCUCCCAACCCGCGGACGCCCGUGACAGUGAGUAGGGAUGGGCGGGGCGGGGUAGACUCGAGGAAAACGGAGAGGGCCAGGAGACUGAGAGUUUGUGGAUUUUUUUUUUUAAUUUAUCUUUUCCCUCUUUGGAUUUUUGGACCUGAUCUUAUAUAGCCCAGGCUGGACUCAAACUCACAAUAUAGCCGAGGAUGACCUUGAACUCCUCACCUUAGGCUGGCGUGCUUGCAUGACUGACACGAGUCGUCACCAUCAGGCUUAUUGUUUAUUAAAGACAGAUUUUCACUAAGCAACAUAAAGUGACCUCAAACUCACAGGAAUCCUUCCGCCUUGGCAUCCCAGUGCUGGAGUCACUGACAUUUGGCUCUUCCUGGGGACCUGAGGGGACUCCACCUCCAGCCCCAGGGGACAGAUAUCCCUCUGUCCCUGUGCACAGCUGUGGGUGGCUCUGUCCCAACCCUGGAGGUGCUGCCCAGGGAACCACAGGGGGAAUCCCAGUCCUGAGCACAGUCCUAGGUACCCCAACCUUCCAUGCCCAGAAACUGGGGCGCACAGGAGGUAUAUGGGGACACACAGCUGGGAGGUGAGUGCGGGCAGCAGCUGGGAGUUAUAUUGUGUUCAGCAGGAGCUCUACACGUGCUCCGUUUUCACCGGGUGGGUGCCGGGUGGGUGUCUAGAAGGGACUUAAGCUGACUCCUGCCUGGCCUGCAGGGGAGCUGCUGCGGUGGCUGGAGCAGCGGCAGCUCCUGCAUGCGCUUGCGGCUGACUCGGACCUGGACCCCGGCCCACAACCUUCUCUCCAGGCUCCUCAGCGCCAAGGCCGCAGCGCGGCCACCAGCCCUGUGCACCAAUGCUGUCUCACUGGCUGCACCCAGCAAGACCUGCUGCACCUCUGUCCCCACUGAAGGGGCUGGGGCUCAGGCGGGUCCUUGAUCGCCUGGGUUGAUACCUCCCGGUACCCGCGUGAACGCAACACCCCCGGAUUUGCCUCGGAGCAGUCCCAGUUAUUCACAGAUCCCAGAAAAGGACGACCACAUGCCCUAUCCCCCGAGGAGCCUCCUCCAUCAUGGCCUGUGUCCCCCUCCCUGCUGUGUCCUGAACAUUCUAAAUAAAAAAGCAAU